AUAAUCAGUAGACACAGCCCAAAACCAACAUAAGAUGGAAGCUCAUCAACACCUAGCCAUUUCCAUCAACAUGCAAACCCAAACAUCAACCAACAAGUGCAAUGAAACACCCAAUUCCCCACAAUCUCCUUCUCCAUCACUAACCAUAAAAGAUCUCAAGUCGUCAUCAUCAUCAUCAUUCCUCUUACUCCUAUCCCGUUGCCACGCCGGCUACUUCCGCAUAACCCUCUCCCUCACCAGCCAAGCCCUCCUCUGGAAAACCCUAAUCCUCUCCUCGACCGCCGCCGCCGCCUUCGACCACCCGCUCCGCCGCGUCCCCUCCGCCGCCUUCACCCUCCUCUGGUCCCUCUCCUUCCUCACCCUCGCCGCCUUCUCCUCCCUCUACCUCCUCCGCUGCCUCCUCCGAUUCCGCAUGGUCAAGUCCGAGUUCCUCCACCACGUCGGCGUCAACUACCUCUUCGCCCCCUGGAUCUCCUGGCUCCUCCUCCUCCUCUCCUCUCCCACCUUCCUCUCCCCCAAAACGACGCCGUUUCGAGCCCUCUGGUGCAUCUUCGCAGGCCCCAUAUUGGUCCUCGACGUCAAGAUCUACGGGCAGUGGUUCACCAAGGGGAAGCGCUUCCUGUCCACCGUGGCAAACCCGACCAGCCAGAUGUCCGUCAUCGGGAACCUCGUCGGGGCGCGGGCCGCGGCCGAGAUGGGGUGGAGGGAGGUGGCCGUCUGCUUGUUCUCGCUGGGGAUGGCGCAUUACUUGGUGCUGUUUGUCACGCUUUAUCAGAGGCUCUCCGGCGGGAACUGCCUGCCGUCGAUGCUCCGGCCGGUGUUCUUCUUGUUCUUUGCCGCACCCAGCAUGGCCAGCCUGGCGUGGGUGGCUAUCUGCGGGAGGGUGGAUACCUCGGCCAAGAUGCUCUUCUUCCUUUCCCUUUUCCUCUUCUUGUCCCUGGUUUCAAGGCCAACCUUGUUCAAGAAAUCCAUGAGGAAGUUCAACGUAGCAUGGUGGGCAUACAGUUUUCCCCUGACGGUCUUGGCGUUGGCCUCUGUGGAUUAUGCUCAGGAAGUGAAGGGAGCGGUGGCUCAUGCGCUAACGCACUUGUUGUCGUCCUUGUCCAUCCUCGUCUCCUUCGCCUUAAUGGUCUUUACCGUGCUCAACUUUCAUAUGCUUUUCCCGGAUAACGAUCCUGGGUUGUGUCCCAGUAGUAGCAUCGACAAGAAGAACAACAAGUGUACUAAUGACUUUAGUAGUGCGAAAUUAUCAACCCGGUGUUUGACGAUCAAGAUCGAGCCUAGUGAACCUGCGAAAUCGUGAUUAGAAGAAUUAAAAGUCAAUCAGUAAAUAAUGAAGGUUACCAAAUGUAAGAUAUGUGCAUUGUAUGCGGUCUUAAUUAAGCUAUUCCUAACAUGUCCUCCCUGUUAAUUGUCAUACAUGUUUAUUUAGGGUAAUAAAACGACAAGUUGUGU